AUGACUUUAAGUAAUGAUCCAGAAAUAGAAUCACAAGAAAUUAAUAACGAAAAUAAUGAAACCAGUUCUAGUCAAGAAAUCUUAAAAGCUACAAAUGAAGCUACAGCUACUGCAAUUACAGCUCAUUUACCUGAAUCAUUAAUACAUGAUAAAAAAAUUGUCAAUGCAUUUAACAAGUUAAAUAAAAAUGUCAAAUCUAAGCUUAAUGAUAAAGAGCUACAUCCUGAACUUGACUGGGAUGCAAAUGUUAGAUUAUCAAAUGAUCUUUGUGAUGACGAAAAAAAUUUCAUCAAAGAACGAAAAAAUCAUAUUCCCAUGAUUGCUACUACAGGUUAUCUACGUGCUUUACAAGAUUCAGGUCUUUAUGAUUGUGGAAUGUAUUUAGCAGGUGUAAGUGGAAGUUGUUGGAAUAUUGCGCUUCAAUAUUCUUCUAGGAUAUCAAGUCAAGAGAAUCCAAUUGAAGCAUUACUAGAGCAUUUUAGAACUCGUUUAACAAACCAUAUAUCUAGUCCAAGAGGUCUAUUCAAGUUACUCAAACAUUCGCCAGAUCCCGAAAAGACUGUUGAAUUGAUAUUUGGAGGUUUGAUAGAGAAAAAAUUAUCUGGUGUAGAUAUUGGUAUUAUUGAUAUCUAUGGUGCUUUAUUGGCUGCAAGAUUAUUAUUAGGUGAUGAUUCACAAACCCAAUUUAAAGAUUUUAAAUUAAGCGAACAAAAACGCUUUUUGGAAGGUGAUUUUUUGAAUAAGGAGGAUGCAUCUUUAAUUGAAAAUUAUAAUCAAAUAUUAAAAAAUCAUCAUAAUCAGAAAGAUCAUUAUCGAUGGUUUGAAUUUACUCCUUUUGAGAUAGGGUGUGAUGAAUUUGAAG